AUGGCUGAAACUGGGGGUUUGUUUGGAGCAGAGAUUAGAGAUGAAUUCCAGCUAAGCAAGGAGCUAGUUCAUCUCAAUCAUGGCUCCUUUGGUUCUGUCCCACGCUCUGUGUAUGAAGCAAGACUGGAGCGGAUGAAAGAGCUCGAGAUCUGCCCGGAUGAUUGGUUUAGAUACAACUUUGUGCCACUCGUUAAAAAAGGAUCCGAAACAGUCUCGAAGCUAAUUGGUUCCUCUUCAUCAGAAAAUGUAGUAUUUGUAGAAAAUGCUACUGGUGGCGUUACAGCUGCGCUACGGAGCUUAGGCUUAAAAAUGCAACCCAAAGCCGGCCUCUUGGUAACGGGUCUUUCUUACGAAGCAAUAAGACACACGGCACACAAAGUCUGCGAAAUUGAAGGUCACUUUGUUCUUCACACCAUCAACCUUGAUCCACCGUACAAAGACAAGUUUGAAGUAGUCCAGAGAUAUCGGGACUAUCUCUCGUCUCAUUCCGACAUCCAUGUUGCUAUCGUGGAUCACAUUACUAGCCCCAGUACUCUGUUGCUCCCAGUGAAAGAGAUAGUAUCUGUAUGUCAUGAGUUCGGUGUUGCUGUAAUCAUUGAUGGAGCUCACGCCCCAGGACAAGUGGAGAUCAAUGUGGAGGACAUUAAUGCAGAGUUUUACACAGGUAAUCUACACAAGUGGUUCUUUUGUCCCAGAGGUUGUGCUUUUCUUCAUGUAAGAUCAGAUCAAAAGGACAUCAUUAGACCAGUCAUAGCCUCCAGCUUCUAUCAUAAAGGUUUCCCCGAAGAGUUUCUAACCCAAGGAACAAGAGAUAACACUCCUUUCACUGUCGUACCUCAAGCAAUGAGCUUUUAUGAACGCUUGGGUGGAAUUGCUGGUAUCCAUGCUUACUGUGUUCCUCUCUUGAAAUGGGCUGCAGACAUGAUGUCCGAACGUCUCGGAGAACCUCUCAUUGCCGCCCCUAGUGACAUGGUACCUCCUUAUAUGCGUGUUGUAAGAUUUCCUGAGAUCUUACAAGGAGACAGGACGAAAGCUCACGGGAUCAAAGCUCAAACUAUCCUCAGAUACCAGUACAAUACCACAGCCUGUAUUGAUGUCAUUACUGGUGAGCUGUGGCUUAGACUCUCCUGUGCUGUAUACAACAAAAGAGAGGAUUAUGAAAGAUUAGCGGAAGCACUGCUGGAUCUGAAGAACCAUCCAGAGAAACUGGAUUAGUUAAUAAACUAGAACUUUUAAUAACUGUGUAUACUUUUUGAAGGAUUGUACUUAAAAGAUCAUUUGAAAGAAUGUUAGAUUGACAAAACUA